GACUUCUGGAAUAACCGCCGUGUUGGUUGAUUGAAGGCAGUCCAUGUCGCCUGUACCAGGAUCCCGCCCUAAUGAGGACACUCUGGGCUCUCAGAAACGACGACGAGGCUCGGAGAGCCCACCGUCGGUGUUGCAGACUAGUCGAUUCUCUCGGGGUUUUUGCUCUCACCUCAGCGGGCCUGAGGGGCUCCAGCCUCCGCGGGGUGCGGACGGCGUCCGGCCGCUGCAUCCGGUCAGCCGCCCCAGAUCUGGAGAACGACCGCUAUCGCUGGGAAUCCGUACUCUUGCCUCAUCGUCCUCUCCCAUCUGUGGUGGAUACCGUUACCACCAUAACUAUGCGGGAGACUGUUCGUGGUCUGAGGACCAGGAGAAGGAAAAGGAGGAGAGCUAUAGGCAAAGGAGGCUGAAGGAAAGGGAGAGGAUUGGAGAACUGGGAGCGCCUGAAGUAUGGGGACUGUCACCCAAGAUUCCUGAGCCAGAUUCUGAUGAACAUACACCAGCUGAAGAUGAGGUGAAGAAUCAGAAGAGCAGCAGUUCAGAUUUAACCAACGAAGAAAAAAGGACCAAGACCAGUCAUUCAACAAAGAAAAAAAGAAAGAAAAAGCCUUCCAAAAAGAAGCAUAAAAAAUAUGACAGCAAUUCAGACUCAGACAUUCAUUCCAGCUCUGAUAGUGAUAAAAACAAAGUUAAAAUCAAGAAGAAAGAGAAGAAAAAGAAACAUCGGGCGAAAGAACUCAAGAAGAAAAAGAGAACCAAAAAAGAAUACAAUGGCAUAAGCUGCAAAGCUUCAGGAAGGGAAUUGCCGGAAGAUGUGUGGAUGGAACAGUCGAUGAGUGCAGAUAGCACAGAUUUAAUAGGUCCAGAAGCACCUGUUACACAUACCUCACAAGAUGAGAAACCUUUGAAUUAUGGCCACGCUCUACUUCCAGGUGAAGGUGCAGCAAUGGCUGAAUAUGUAAAAGCUGGGAAGCGUAUCCCACGAAGAGGUGAAAUUGGGUUGACAAGUGAAGAGAUUGCCUCAUUUGAAUGUUCAGGUUAUGUCAUGAGUGGUAGCAGGCAUCGCCGAAUGGAGGCUGUAAGACUGCGAAAAGAGAACCAGAUUUACAGUGCGGAUGAGAAACGAGCCCUGGCAUCCUUUAACCAAGAAGAGAGGCGGAAGAGAGAGAAUAAGAUCCUAGCCAGCUUUCGAGAAAUGGUAUACAGAAAGACAAAAGGGAAAGAUGACAAGUGACAACUUUUUUGUUUCACUGCGGGACAUUUAACAACAAAGGCUUUGUAUGACCAAAGUAAUAGUAAAUGGUAAAACCAUUAGGUACUAUCGUACCUACUGUUUUAGUAGAAAGCACAUCUUAAGAUGUCAUUAGAAAGUUUUACAAACAUUGCAGGAGAAUGACUAAAAAGGUAAAUGUCACUUCAGUCCAUGAUUUACCUCCCUUUAAAAACAGUGUCUUCUGUAUCCUGUGGUUUUUGUUCAUAUACAAGUUUGUGUUUUGGAAAAUAAAAGUUAGUGCUACUAAA